AUAUUUUUCCCUUUCAGUCACCUGACUGGACUAUUUCUACUUUUUUCUUUUGUUUCUUUCCGUGGAAGGAACAGACUUUAUAACAAGGACAACAACAAAUAAAAGGCGAACUAAGGACUUUUUUUGAACUGUAAAAUAUUAUUAUUAUAGGAAAAUAUUCUUUAUUCAUACCAAACAGGCCUGAUUGUGUUAUAUCUAAAUUUAGAUGAAGUAGUCGAAGCUUUGAUCAUAUUUACUGUGUCUGUCUGUCUGUAUGCGUGUGCGUGCGUCUCUGCCCUUCCCCCCUCUGCAGUAUAAACUGUAAUGAAAGUGAAAGUCAGCAGCUCCAUUUUGUGUCGAGUGAAAAAUAAAAGAUUUCAGGAGUAAAAACACAUGAACUCUACUGAUUCAGUGCGUAAUUUAAUCCUGCUGUAAUCUGGAGAAGGAGACAUGACCUCCAACAUGAGUGUGUCUGGAAAACAGGACUUAAAGAAAGACGAAAGAAUGAUGGAGGGAAAGAGAUCAAACUCACCAGAACCCAGCUGUGUGUCCAUGAAGAGUGACGCGUCAAAGGGACCUCCAAUUAACUUCAGAGACAGUUCUACCGAUGUGAGAAUGAUGGAGGGAAAGAGAUCAAACUCACCAGAACCCAGCUGUGUGUCCAUGAAGAGUGACGCGUCAAAGGGACCUCCAAUUAACUUCAGAGACAGUUCUACCGAUGUGAGAAUGAUGGAGGGAAAGAGAUCAAACUCACCAGAACCCAGCUGUGUGUCCAUGAAGAGUGACGCGUCAAAGGGACCUCCAAUUAACUUCAGAGACAGUUCUACCGAUGUGAGAAUGAUGGAGGGAAAGAGAUCAAACUCACCAGAACCCAGCUGUGUGUCCAUGAAGAGUGACGCGUCAAAGGGACCUCCAAUUAACUUCAGAGACAGUUCUACCGAUGUGAGACCACAAAAGAGAAAAUCAAAAAUCAGCAUAAAUCAGCUGGACUCCAUAUUCAAGGAGCUGGAACACAAUGUCAUCACUCUGAUAAAGAAUGAGCUGAAGAGGAUUAGGAAGCUCCUGAGUCCAGAUUACCCAGCACGUACUGAGAGGAAGGUGGAGGAUGAGGAGGAUCUGCACAGUGUCAGAGAGGGAGCACUACAGAUCACACUGCAUGUCCUGAAGGACAUGAAACACACAGAUCUCGCUAACACACUGCACAACCAAAUCACCUCUGUGUAUCAGUCAAAGUUGAAGUCCAAGCUGAGAGAGAAGUUUAAAAGAAUUAAUGAAGGAAUCUCACAGCCUGGAAGCUCAGCACUUCUGAAUAAGAUCUACACAGAGCUCUACAUCACAGAGGGUUGGAGUGGAGACGUCAAUAAUGAACAUGAGGUGAGACAGAUUGAGACAGCGUCCAGGAGACCAGCAACAGAGGAGAAACCCAUCAAAUGUAAUGACCUCUUUAAAGAUAAGUCCAUCAGAACUGUGCUGACUAAAGGAGUUGCUGGAAUUGGAAAAACAGUCUCUGUGCAGAAGUUCAUUCUGGACUGGGCUAACGGAAAAGCAAAUCAGGACGUCAUCUUCAUGUUUCCACUUCCCUUUAGAGAGCUGAAUCUAAUGAAGCAGCAAAAUCUCAGUCUGAUGAAUCUUCUUCAUCACUUUUUCCCAGAAAUAAGAAAACUAGACUCAAUAGACUGUGUCUCCUACAAAGUGGUGUUGAUCUUUGACGGUCUAGAUGAGUGUCGACUUCCUCUAAAUUUUCAGAAGAAUGAGAGCUUGUGUAAUGUGACAGAGUCAGCCUCAGUGGAUGUGCUGCUGACGAACCUCAUCAAGGGAAAUCUGCUUCCCUCUGCUCUCCUCUGGAUAACCACAAGACCAGGAGCAGCCAACCUGAUCCCCCAUGAGUGUGUACACCAGGUAACAGAGGUACGAGGUUUCAGUGAGCCUCAGAAAAAGAAGUACUUCAGGAAGAGGAUCGGUGAUCAGAGCCUGGCCAAUAAAAUCAUCACACAUUUGAAGUCUUCAAGAAGCCUCUACAUCAUGUGCCACAUCCCAGUCUUCUGCUGGAUCACAGCCACUGUUCUAGAGAGAAUGUUGGGUGAAGCUGAGGAUGGAGAUAUCCCCAAGACUCUGACUCAAAUGUUCACACAUUUCCUGAUCUUUCAGAUCAAACACAAGGACCAAAAGUACCAUCAGAAAUGUGACCCUGAUCCUCAGCAGACCAGAGAGAGUAUCAGGGCACUGGGAAAACUGGCUUUUCAGCAGCUGGAGAAAGGAAACCUGAUCUUCUAUGAGGAAGAUCUGAGAGAGUGUGGCAUUGAUGUCAGAGAAGUGUCAAUAUACUCAGGAGUGUGUACCCAGAUCUUCAGAGAGGAGUCUGGGCUUCACCUGGGGAAGGUGUUUAGCUUUGUCCAUCUGAGUGUUCAGGAAUUUCUGGCUGCUUUAUAUGUAUUUUUCUGCUUUAUUUUUAAAAAGACAAAUGUACUUGUGAAGCAAAGUACUGGACCUUUUAAUUUCUUUAAAAACCCCAGCAUGUCUGAUCUCCUCAGGAGUUCAGUGGACAAGGCCUUACAGAGUGAGAAUGGACACCUGGACCUGUUCCUCCGCUUCCUUUUGGGUCUCUCACGGGAGUCCAAUCAGACUCUCUUACGAGACUUAAUGCCGCAGACAGGAUUCAGAUAUCACAACAAACAGGAAACAGUGGCGUACAUCAAGGAGAAGAUCAGGGAGAAUCCAUCUCUAGAGAAAUCCAUCAAUCUGUUCCACUGUCUGAAUGAACUGAAUGAUGAUUCUCUAGUGCAGGAAGUACAAACUUACCUGAACAGAAGAGGUGACAGCCGUCUCAGUGGAACCAGACUCUCUCCUGCUCAGUGGUCAGCUCUGGUGUUUGUGUUACUGAACUCAGAACAGGAGCUGGAUGUGUUUGAUUUGACUAAAUAUGAUCCAUCAGAUGAAGGUCUUCUGAGGCUGUUGCCAGUGGUCAAAGCCUCCAGAAAAGCUGAUCUGUGGAAGUGUAAUCUGACAGAGGAAAGCUGUAGAGUUCUGUCCUCAGUUCUCAGCUCAAACUCCUCUAACCUGAGAGAACUGAACCUGAGUGUCAAUAAACUGCAGGAUUCAGGAGUGAAGCUGCUCUCUGAUGGACUGAGGAAUCCACACUGUACACUGGAGAUACUGAGGAUAUGGAACUGCAGUAUUACAGAUGAAGGUUGUGCUGCUCUGGCUUCAGCUCUGAGGUCAAACUCCUCCUCACACCUGAAAGAACUGGAUCUGUACAAUAAUAAUGCAGGAGAAUCAGGAGUGAAGCUGCUCUCUGAUCUACUGAAGGAUCCACACUGUAAACUGGAGACACUACACAUUAAUUAUAAGAAACUCACCAGGUCUGAUGUAUGACAGGAGUCUCUCCUCAGACCUUUUUUCCAGGAUAAAUCAGUUAUGGUGGUGAAGCAUUAGAACACGUCCCACAUUUCCAGCAGUUUGGGAGCUGAAUCAUUCAUAUUCAGAUGUAGAAGAUCCAUAACAAUAACUGUGACUGAUCACAUCCUUUUAUCCACUCAGCUACAACUUCACACUUUAACAUAUUUUAUAAUCCAAAGUCAAAACCAUCUACACACAACACAGAUAUAUCAUCACAUCAUUACACUGAUUACACAAAUACACAUUCAUGUGUUGGAGAUGUUUAUAGAUUAGUUUUACCUCUUUAAAGCCAACAUUCUGUUUUCCUAUUUAAGCUUAGACAAAAAUUAUCAAGAGUAACUCCUCCUAGGGCUUUCGAGCCACAUGCACCAAAUUUGUUGUUUGUUGCUAUUACUUUUCUAAGCGAUCCGAGUUCUGGUACUUCUGGUACCGGGUCUCAAAGUGGCCUUUUUUCCCAUAGAAUCCCAUUAUAAAUUUUGGAGGUUUAUAACUCGGCAAGCUUUUGAACUAUCUACACCAAACUCGGCCAGCUCCUUUAGGGUGAUACUCUGAACAAAGUUUUAAAUUGGUGUACCGACUGGCCUUCCGGUUGUGCUGCAGCCCCGCCCCCAAAAUAUGCAAAAUCAAAAAACUUUUUACAACAUGGACAUGUGACAUAUCAAAACACUCAGCACAAUGAAGAGAACUGCCUCACGUGUAUUCUGGUCAUGUCACGUGACAUCACAUGAAAAAAAUAAUUGGCACAACAUGGACAUGUGACAUAUUAAAAUACUCAGCCCAAUGUGGGGAACUUCCUCAAGAGUAUUCGGAUGAUGUCACAUGCUUGUCUCCACUUACCUCCAAAUGUUUUGCCACCCUACCUUUCUGUCUACUUGCUUCCAAAAGUAACACUGUCCCUUAUGUCCACUCGCCUCCAAAAAGCACUGGCCUUUGCGAAUACUUGCAUUGUCAAAGCCAACAUCAAAGUUUGUCGCGACGAACUUUGCAAAUCUAGUUUUUAUCUCAAAUUUGUUUCUGCACAGAUGAUCGACUCACAGUUGUGAUAAUGAUUCAUUUAUUUUCCUUUAAAAGUGUCUUCUUUUCAAUCCCUUUUCACCAAACACUUGUAAAAUCUUUAUUAAAAUUCACUUAAAACAAAUAUAAACUUCACUCCCUAAUCCAUUCCUGAACUCUUCUUUUUUGUGUAGUUGAUCUAUUUUUCUUUAAUUUCUUCAUGACAUUUUUUAUCUUCGUUGCAUCUUGUUUUUAUAUCACUUAACUUAAGACAGACAGAACCUGGAUGCUUCACUGUGUUCUCUUUUGCCAAACUUAGUCCCUGCUAGUUGAGCUAGCUAUCUGCCAGUCCAUCAUGUUACAACCCAUGAAACGGGUGUAUUGUAUUGUGUUCUUGUAUAUGUCUGUGUGCAGGUUUAUUCCUGGCCAGAGUUUCCAGCCUGCCCUAGCCUGCCCUUAUCCUGCCCCAUACGAUGACAUCAUCACUAAUCAUCACUAAUAAAGAGAAAGCAGAAGAAGGAGGAGGAGGAGGGUGUUAGUAGUGGUGGUUGAUUGUGGUGUGAUAGUUCUUGUUCCGGUUUUGACUUCUGCCUGUUUCUGACUCUGAGCUUGGUUUCCCCUUGGAAUUGUUGCUGUGUUUACACUUUGUAAAUAUAUAUCACUGUAUAUUGUUCACUGUUUCACUGGCAGUAGGCGUGUGGCUGCUUCUUUUCUUUGGGAGUGGGUUCCUUUUUCCCCUGUGUGUUUUGGUAGGGAGUUAGGGAAGUUCCAUUGUAUUUUUCUUUUCUUUGCUUUCAGGUAAGGAUAGUUACCUUACUAUUAGACCUUUUUGUUUAUUAUUUUGACCUGGGCCUAUCUUGAAGAGACGCCAGUGUACUGUCAGCUGUAACUAUUAUUUAUAUCUGUAAAUAUACAAAUACG